AUGCAACGUGAAUUAGCUGAUGAUGCACCAUGGAAAAGAAUUCAACAAAAUACAUUUACACGUUGGGCUAAUGAACAUUUAAAAUUAAUGAAUCGUCAUGUUGCUGAUUUACAAGAUGAAUUAGGCGAUGGAUUAAGUUUAAUUGCAUUAAUUGAAGUUUUAUCACAAAAAAAAAUACCGCGUUAUAAUAAACGACCAAAUUUUCGUUCACAAAAACUUGAAAAUGUGUCUGUUGUACUCGAUUUUCUUGAAAACACAGAACGUAUACGUCUUGUUAAUAUCGAUGCGACACAUAUUGUUGAUGGUAAAUUAAAAUUAAUUCUUGGUUUAAUAUGGACACUUAUUUUACAUUAUUCAAUCUCAUUACCUAUGUGGGAAUUCGAAACACCAGAUGCACCUGGUUCAGGACGAGAUGCAACACCAAAACAAAAACUUAUGAAUUGGAUACAAGAAAAAUUACCACCGGAAUUACCUAUUUCAAAUUUUACAUCCGAUUGGAAUGAUGGUCGCGCUAUUGGCGCACUUGUUGAUGCAUGUGCACCAGGACUUUAUCCUGAUUGGAAUAAGAAGGAUCCACGAAAUGCAUUAGAAAAUGCUAAAGAAGCUAUGGAAUUAGCUGAACGUUGGUUAGGUAUUCCACAAUUAAUACAACCACAUGAAAUGAUUAAUCCUAAAGUUGAUGAACAAUCUAUGAUGACUUAUCUAUCACAAUAUCCAAGUGCAAAAUUGAAAUCCGGAGCACCAAUUCAACCAAAAACAAAUUCAGCACGUGUUAGAUGCUAUGGCAAAGGUAUUGAACCAAGUGGAAAUCAAGUUGGUGCACCUGCUAAAUUUCAUGUUGAAACAUUUCAAGCUGGUCAAGGUAAUGUCGAACCUAUUGUUAUCAAUCCAAAAGGUCAACGAGAAAAAUGUGAUGUUGAACCUCGUAAUGAUAAAAAUCAAACAUUUGAUUGUACUUAUUAUCCAACAAUGGAAGGACAAUAUAAAGUUAUUGUUAAAUAUGGAGGACAAGAAGUACCAAAAUCACCAUUUUCACCUUAUAUUGAAGGUAAAGCUGGUGAUGCUAGUCAAUGCCGUGCACAUGGACCAGGUCUUGAACCAAAUGGUGUUAUGGUUGAUAAACCAACUUGGUUUGAAAUUGAUGCUACAAAUGCUGGUAAUGGUCUUGCUGAAGUUAUUCUUGUUGAUCCACGUGGUCGACAAGAUGUUGUACCUGUAUCAGUUAAACAAAUUGGUCCAGGAAAAUUUCGUUGUGAAUAUGUACCACGUGAACCUGGUCUUCAUUCAGUUAAUGUCUUCUUCGCAGGUCGUCCUAUACCAAAUAGUCCUUAUGGUGUUAAUGUUGCAUCGUCAUCGGAUGCUAAGAAAUGUCGUGCAUAUGGACGAGGUAUUCAACCAAAAGGUGUUCGUACAGGUGAUGUUGCUGAAUUUCGUGUUAUUACCAAAGAUGCUGGCGAAGGUGCUAUGAAAGCAACAGUUACUGGACCUGAUGGUUCGGAAAUUCCUUGCCGUGUAACAAAAGCUAAUAAUACAACAUAUGAAUGUGGCUAUGUACCAAAUCGUGUUGGACCUCAUACAGUUAAUAUAACAUAUGGCGGUGAACAUAUCCCACGAAGUCCAUUUCCAGUCAUGGUUGGACCAUACAAAGAUUCACGUAUUCGAGCAUUUGGUCCAGGUCUUGAAGGUGGUGUUGUUGGUUAUCCAGCAGAUUUUGUUGUUGAAACAAAUGGAGAAACUGGUUCAUUAGGUUUCUCAAUCGAAGGACCAUCACAAGCACGUAUUGAAUGUAAUGAUAAUGGUGAUGGAUCAGCUAAUGUACGUUAUUGGCCAACAGUACCUGGAGAAUAUGCAGUACAUAUUCUUUGUAAUGAUGAAGAUAUACCACUUUCACCAUUUAUGGCAUGGAUCGAAGCACCAGGAAAUUUUAAUCCAACUAAAGUUAAAGCUUUUGGUCCAGGAAUUGAACCAAGUGGACAAAUUAUUGGUAAACCAACUGAAUUUACAAUUGAUACAAAUGGUGCAGGCGAAGCACCAUUACGAGUUCAAGCUAUUGAUCAAGAAUAUCAACCAGUUGAUGUACAAGUUCGUAAUAAUGGAAAUGGAACAUAUACAUGUCGUUAUACACCACGAACUCCACUUCGUCAUUGUAUUUUAGUUGAUUAUGGUGGUGUUGCUAUACCAAAUAGUCCAUUUAGAGUUUGGCCAAGUGAACCAUCAAAUCCAUCUAAAGUUCGUGUCUAUGGUCCUGGUGUUGAACGUGGUGUUAAAAUGAAUAUUCCAACAUAUUUUGUUGUUGAUUGUAAAGAAGCUGGACCAGGAGAUAUAUCAAUUGCAUUAACGGAUACUAAAAAUCAAGAUGUACCAUUUACAAUUGAUGAUAAUCAAGAUGGAACAUUUCGAAUUGCCUACACAGCUAAAUUACCUGGUGUACAUUGUAUAAGUGUUUUAUUUGGUGAUAAUGAAAUACCAAUAUCACCAAUUAAAGUUAAUGUUGAACCAAGUGUUGAUGUUAGUAAAAUACGUAUUGAAGGUCUUGAAACAAUGCCUAUUGUUGGACAGCCUGCCCAGGUAACAUUAAAUACACUAGCAGCUGGUCCAUUACCGCCAAAUGCGGUUCAUGCUCGUAUUAUUGGACCAUCAGGAAAUAUACAAGAAGCUGUUGUAACACCUGCACCACAAGGAUAUAAUCUUCGUUUUAAUGUACCUGAACCAGGUACAUACACCGUUGAACCAGAUGUAUGUACAAUACCAUUACGUCCUGGACAAAUAACAGCUAUUGAACCACUUGAUCCAAGUAAAGUACGUGCUUAUGGACCAGGUCUAUCACAAGGUACAGUUAACAAACCAGCUGAUUUUAUUGUUGAUACACGUGGAGCUGGUAAUGGUCAAUUGGGUGUAACAGUUGAAGGACCAUCAGAAUCGAAAAUUGAUUAUCAAGAUAAUAAUGAUGGUAGUUGUCGUGUGACCUAUCAUCCAACAGUCGCUGGCAAUUACAAUAUUAAUAUAUUAUAUGAAGGCAAACAUAUACCUGGAUCACCAUUUCGUGCUGCUGUACGAGCUGAUCUUGACACACGAGCUAUUCGUUGUUAUGGACCAGGUCUUGAUCCUCACGGAGUAUUUCUUGAAAGUCCAACAGAAUUUACUGUUGAUGCCAAAUCAGUUACUGGUAGUGGUUCAGGAGUUGUUGAAUGUUUAUUGACAUCACCAAGUGGUCGAGUUGUUCGAUGUCCUGUAAAAAAUAUGGGCGAUGGUACUUAUCAAGUACAAUAUGCACCAUAUGAACAAGGGCCACAUCAAAUUGAAGUUACAUACGAAAAUAUUCCUGUACCGGGUAGUGCAUUUCGUGUUAAUGCUAUACCAGGUUGUGAUCCAUUACGUGUACGCGCUUAUGGACCAGGUCUUGAACAUGCAGUUACUAAUGAACCAACAACAUUUACUGUUGAAACAAAAGGUGCUGGCCAAGGUAGUCUUGGUUUAGCAAUUGAAGGACCAUCAGAAGCAAAAAUGGUUUGUAAAGAUAAUCAAGAUGGUACUUGCAUUAUGGAAUAUUUACCUACAAAAGCUGGUCAAUAUGAUAUUGCAGUUAAAUUUGCUGAUCAACAUGUACCGGGUUCACCUUUUCGAGUUAAUGUACGUGAUCGACUCGAUGCUAAUCGUGUUAAUGUUAAAAUGAGUUCAACAAUGCGUGCUAAUGUUUUACAAGAAAUUAUAAUCGAUGGUCAAUCAGCUGGACCUGGUACUCCAUCAGUUGAUAUUUCUGAUAUUCAUGGACGUCGUAAACCGGCAAAUAUUCGACCAAGAGGUGAAGGUAUAUACGUUGCAGAAUUUACUCCACAAAUUGAAGGCCCACAUCGUAUUGAUAUUAAUUGGAGUGAUCAACCAAUUCUUCAAAGUCCAUUUCACGUUCAAGUUCUUCCGCAUUUCGAACCACAUAAAGUUAUUGUUGACGGUCCUGGUAUACAUAGUGGUAUUCCAGCAUCAUUAGAAACAUAUUUUCGUAUUGAUACACGUGAAGCUGGUUUUGAACAUCCAGACGUUUUAAUUAAGAAUCCCGAAGGUCUUUUAGUUCCAUCAAAAAUAAUCGAUAAUAAAGAUGGAACAUAUAGAGUAACAUAUAAACCAAAUGAUGCUGGUCGAUAUUUAAUUAGUGUUAAUUAUGGCGGUGUCCCAAUUAAUAAUUCUCCAUUCAACGUAAAAGUGGAACCAAUCGGAGAUGCAUCCAAAUGCCAUAUUUCUGGCAAUGGUACUAAUCCUAAUCUUCAAGUUGGCGAAGAAUAUACAAUAAGUGUUGAUACACAUGAAGCUGGCCCAGGCGCAGUUACAUGUCGUAUACGUUCAACACUCGGCAAUGAUCUCGAUAUUGAUAUUGUUGAUAAUGAAGAUGGAACAUUUAAUCUCUUCUAUACACCACAUAAUCCAGGAAAUUAUGUUAUUAAAAUUAAAUUUGGUGGUCAAGAUAUUCCUGGUGGUGAUUUUGUUGUUACAGCUGGCGAUGGCGAUAAAUAUUAUCGAGAUACACAAAUUACUGAAACAAUUACAUCACGUCAUACAGCAAGUCAAUAUCGACCUGUCGAUUUUCGUUUACCAGUCGGCGGUGGUCAAUUUGGGGAUAUUAGUGCAUUAAUUCGAACACCAACUGGUCGAAUUCAUACCCCCAUCAUUGAAGAUAAUCAUGAUGGAACUGUAUCAAUUAAAUAUCAACCAUCAGAAGUUGGUCUACAUGAAUUAGAUGUUUUCUAUCAAGGACAACCUAUUGCUGGUUCACCAUUUAAAUUUCAUGUUGAUCAAGUUCAAACAGGUUAUGUUACUGCAUAUGGACCUGGUCUUAGUCAUGGUGUUUGUAAUGAACCAUGUAGUUUUCGUAUUAUUACAAAAGAUGCAGGUUCAGGUGGUCUUUCAGUUGCUGUUGAAGGUAGUUCAAAAGCUGAAAUACAAUGUAAAGAUAAUAAAGAUGGUACAUGCGAUGUCACUUACUGGCCGACUUCACCAGGUGAAUAUACAAUAACUGUUAAAUUUGCUGAUAAACAUAUUGUUGGUUCACCAUUUACUGCUAAAAUAACUGGUUUACCAGCUUCAAUGGAUCAAUAUAAACGUUCACAAGUUACAAUUGGUAAUCAAAGUGAAUUUAGUUUACGUACAACUGAAAUGGAUAUACAUGAAUUACAUGCAACAAUACGUUCACCAAGUGGUUAUGAAGAACCAUGUGUAUUAAAAAAAUUAGCGAAUGGAAGUCUUGGUAUUUCAUUUGUACCACGAGAAAUAGGAGAUCAUUUAGUCAAUGUUUUUCGUGAUGGACAACAUAUUAAAAAUAGUCCAUUUCGUAUACAUGUUGGUUCAUCGGAAAUUGGUGAUGCUACUAAAGUUAAAGUAUUUGGUCAUGGUUUACAAGAAGGUUAUGCCUAUCAAACAAAUGACUUUACUGUUGUUACACGUGAUGCUGGUUAUGGUGGUUUAUCCCUUUCAAUUGAAGGUCCAUCAAAAGCUGAUAUCGAAUGUCAUGAUAAUGAAGAUGGUUCAUGUUUAGUCACAUAUAAACCAACCGAACCAGGACUUUAUAUUGUCAAUGUUAAAUUUGCUGAUAGACACGUACCAGGUAGUCCAUUUACAGUCAAUGUUGGUGGUCAAGGAUCAAGUCGACUUAAAGAAAGUAUUUUACGUGAACGUCGUGCAGUUGAUAUUACACACAUCGGUAGUCAAUGCGAAUUAUCACUUAAGAUUCCUGGAAGUAAUCUUCAAGCAGUUAGUAGUGGUGAACGUCGUUCAUCUCAUCAACAUUAUUCAAUGAAACAAGUUAAUAAUGAAAAACCAAUAGUACAAUCUGAAUAUGAAGAACAAGUACAAACAUGGGGUCAACCAUUAUCAUCAUCAUCAUCACAAUAUCUGAGCAAUGCUGAUUCAGAAAGAAGUCGUGUCCAUUCUGGUCAACGUAUUUCGAAUUCAUCAUCAUUUGAUCAUAAAAAUGCUCUUCUACAUGGAAGUACCAGUGGUAUCGAUAAUGCCAAUUAUCAACAACAACAAUCAUAUACAGAUCAAUAUCGAAAUAUUGGUCAUUCGACAGCAGCGAAAGUCAAUGUACUUCGACAACAACAACAGCAACAACAACUAUCGAAUACAUCAUCGUCAUAUUCAAAAACAAGCAAUCGAAAUAGUCAACUACAAUCUGGUUCCGAACAUACACAUGAUGUACCCUAUUUCCAUGGAUUUAAAUUUCAAGCUAUUCCAGGCACAUCACCAUUUGAUAUGAGUGCUUAUGUUACAAGUCCAUCUGGACAUUUAGAAAAUUGCGAGAUUGUUGAUCUCGAUGAUUGCAAUUAUUCAAUUAAAUUUAUCCCGAAAGAAAUGGGUGUUCAUACUGUUAGUGUUAAACAUAAGGAUAUGCAUAUUCCAGGCAGUCCUUUUGAAUUUACUGUUGGACCAAUACAAGGCGGUGGUGCACAUAAAGUUCGUGCUAGUGGAAAUGGUCUUGCUCGUGGAGAAGUUAAUUCAACUAAUGAAUUUAAUAUUUAUACACGUGAAGCAGGUGCUGGUGGUCUUGCUAUUGCUAUUGAAGGUCCAGCUAAAGCUGAAAUUGACUUUUUCGAUCGUAAAGAUGGUUCAUGUGGUGUAUCUUAUGUAUGUCCUGAACCUGGUGAAUAUCAAGUCUCAAUUAAAUUCAAUGAUGAACAUAUCCCAGAUUCACCAUUUAAUGUUGUUAUUGGUUCACCAUUUGGUGAUGCUAAAAAAUUAACAAUACAUAGUUUACAAACAAAAGGUCAUGAAGUUAAUCGACCAUGUAUGUUCACUGUUAACGUCAAUGGUGCACGUGGACGACUUGAUGCACGAGUAACAGCACCAAGUGGAGCAGAAGAUACAUGUAUUGUACAAGAAAUGGGUGAUGAACAUUAUGCUAUUCGAUUUGUUCCACGAGAAAAUGGUGUUCAUUGGGUACAUGUUCGUUUUAAUGGACGUGAUAUACCUGAUUCACCAUUUCGUGUUGUUGUUGGUCAUGCAAAUGCUGAUCCUGGUCGAGUAUUUGCAUCAGGUUCUGGUUUAUAUACAGGAGAAACUGGUCAUCCAUGCGAAUUCUUAAUUGAUACAAUGAAUGCAGGUGCUGGUGCAUUAGCAGUUACAGUUGAUGGACCAUCAAAAGUUCAACUUGAUUGUAAAGAAGUUUCUGAAGGUUAUCGUGUAAGUUUUACACCAACAGCACCUGGUGAUUAUCUUAUUACCAUUAAAUUUGCCGGAAUUAAUAUUGCCGGAAGUCCAUUUAAAUGUCUUGUUGGAGGUGUUGGUUUAAAUACAAAUCGUGGCUUAGGCUCAUUAAGUCAAUCAUCAUCAUAUGUUCAACGUGCACAAGGUCAAACACAAUAUAAUACAGUUGAACAAUCUUCAUCUUAUGUAUCAAGUUCACGAAAUAAUUAUGCAAGUAUUGAUGCUAGUCGAGUACGAGCACAAGGAGAAGGUUUAUCAAGAGCUUAUAGAAAUGAAAAAGCACAAUUUACUGUUGAUACACGUGAUGGUGGAAAUGCUAUGUUAAUGGUUGGUGUAUUUGGUCCUAAAUAUCCAUGUGAAGAAGUAUUUAUUAAACAUGUUGGAAAUAAUCAAUAUAAUGUUCAAUAUACUGUACGAGAAAAAGGUGAAUAUAUGUUGGUUGUUAAAUGGGGCGAUCAACAUAUUCCAGGUUCUCCUUGGCAUAUUGAAGUUGUUUAA